AUGAGCAAAUGGGGUUUGCUAAUAGGAGAAAUUCUGUGGCCCAAGGAAUUUAUAUAUGUUAUUGAAAAUGAAGGUUAUAAUAAUAAAUUUGGGCAUAGUUAUGUAAUAAAAUAUAAUGGAAAUAUAGUUCAUAAAAAUUUAAAAAAAAGUUUAAAUAAUGUAGAUAAAAUGUUAAAUGCAACAAAAUCUAUAUGUGUAAAUUUAGAACAACAAAGAGAUGAAUAUGGUUCAGACAAUUUUAAUCAUGAAAAUAAAAUAUCAGAUGAAUCCACAAAUGCUAACCAAAUAUUACUUAGAUUAUCAGAUAAAAAACAAGGAAUAAAAGAACAACUUUCAAAAAUAAAUACAAUUCAAGAAAAAUAUGAUAUAGUAUUAAAGAAUGAACCAUGUUAUAAUUUUAGAUUUGACUUUCCAUAUUUCAAUAUUCAUGGUGAUCCCUUAGUUGAAAAAAUAAAAAAUUCAUAUUUCAGCACAAGGAGUGGAAUUAUUAAUUCUUAUCAAAAUUAUCAACCCAAUUUACAAUAUAGUAAAAAUCGUAGUGGUAAAAAUAAACGCAAUGAAAAUAGUAAAGGGUAUCGAAGCUAUUUAUACAAUAUAAAAAUUAUAGAUUGUGAUGAGACAAUAGUAGGGAGUCGUGAAUUUAUAUUUUCAGAAGAUAAUUCAGAUAAUAUAAAAAUUAACAAGCUAAUUAAAGAGGGAAAAUAUAUAAAAAAUUCUAUAUAUGAAUAUAAAGAGUAUUGUAAAGAUAUGGCUAGUUAUGAAGAAAAUGAAGGAUCCCAUUUUGAAGGGGAAGAAAAAGAAAGCAACCCAAAUGGCAAACACGGGAAAGGGCAUAAAGGAGAAACCACAAAAAAUGGCGAUAAAAAUUGUAGUAAAAAUUGUAGUAAAAAUUGUAGUAAAAAUUGUGGUAAAAAUUGUGGUAAAAAUUGUGGUAAAAAUUGUGGUAAAAAUUGUAGUAAAAAUUGUGGUAAAAAUUGUAGUAAAAAUUGUGGUAAAAAUUGUAGUAAAAAUUGUGGUAAAAAUUAUGACCAAAAUAACGAGGUGACAUAUGAAAGUGUGGGGGUAGUUCCAUAUAGUGAUAUAAUUGUAUUAAGCAAAAAAGAGGGUGGUAAAAAAAAUAAACAAGUUGCAGGAUUUGUAACACCAUUUCUGUUAAAUGGUAAUAUAAAAAAAAUGAUUGAAAAUGUGAGUCCAUAUAAUAAAUACAAAUUUAAUGAUGAUAUGAUAUUUAAAAGUUUAUGUAAUAUUAUAAAAGUUAUGAAUUAUUUUGAAGAAAAAAAUAUAGUUCAUGGAAAUAUAAAACCAAGUAACCUAUUUAUAAGUAAUAAUGGUUUUUAUAUUUUAAUUGGCAAUUUUGUUCCAAAAAUUAAGUUGUCAAAUUAUUAUUUUUAUGUUAUAAAUAAAACAAGGGCACCUAUGAAAUAUAUUUCACCUGAACUUUUAUUUUAUAUAAAAAAAAAAACAAAUCAAUUAAAAAAAAAUAAAAAUAAAGUAGGUAAUAUAGAUAAGUAUCUUACGAAAAAUGACAUCUUUUGUUUAGGAUUAUCCUUUUAUUAUAUUGUAACAAUGAGUGAAGAUAUUUUAAAUCACAUUGAUGAUUCUCGAGCAUUUCAAUAUAAAGUUAAUAAUAUAAAAUCAUUUGUAAAAAAACCGGAAUUAUUUUUCCUUUUGAAAAAUCUUUUAAUCUAUGAUCAUGUACAUAGACCUAGUUGGCUCGAUCUGUCCAAUCUCAUAGCACAAAUGACCAGAGGAGUGACUAAUUCCAUCUAA